GGGAAUUCAGAGGCCUUCUAUACCUUUUUUUAAACGCCACUUCAUCACGCCAAGCAUAUGCUCUCUAGAUAUUCUAUCCUUUUCAAAUAAAGCCACCUAAUUCCCUUCUUCACGCACACACACACGCAGAGGAAAUCUCGAUCGAUCAUGAAGUUUGGGAAGAGAUUGAAGCAGCAGACAGAGGAGAGUCUGCCGGAGUGGCGGGAUAAGUACUUGUCGUACAAGAGGCUGAAGAAGCUGGUGAAAUUGAUCUCGUCGUCGGCGAAUGGAUCGCGGCACUGCGGCGGGGCGGAGGCGGAGUUCGUGUAUUUGCUCAACGCUGAGAUCGACAAGUUCAAUGCCUUCUUCAUCGAGCAGGAAGAGGAUUUCGUCAUUCGCCAUAAGGAAUUGCCGCAUAGAAUAAAGAAAGUGAUGGAGAAAUGGGGCCCCAACGGCAGCGAUGCAUCGGAGGCGGAAUUCACGGAGCAAAUGGGGAGAAUUAGGAAAGACAUGGUGAAUUUUCACGGCGAGAUGGUUCUGUUAAUGAACUACAGCAACAUCAACUACACAGGACUGGCGAAAAUCCUGAAGAAAUACGACAAGAGGAGCGGCGGAGUCAUGCGGCUGCCCUUCAUCCAGAAGGUGCUGCAGCAGCCCUUCUUCACCACCGACUUGAUCUCGAAGCUCGUCAAGGAGUGCCAGACCACCAUAGAAUCGGUCUUCCCGCCGUCGGUGGCCUUCCCCGACAGGGAGGUGGCGGUGCCCGGAGAUGGAAUAUUCCGGAACACGGUGGCGGCUCUUCUGACCAUGCAGGAGAUGAGGAGAGGGAGCUCCACCUACAGCCAUUUCUCUCUGCCGCCGCUCAACAUGCCGGAUAUCGAUGUCAUUCACUCCUUGCAGCUUCUCACUCCCAUACAGAUCCCCUGAUUUUGGAGCAAUGGAAUUAUUAAUUAGUUUCCACUUUGAUCAUCUUCUAUACUAGAUACACUAUUAGUGAUACGGGUUAUUGCCGUUUAAAUACAUCAAUUUUCCUCCGAUUUUAAA